CCUGCCUAUCCAAGGUCACAAAGGGCAGAUCCUAGUCCUCAUCAUCAAUUGAAAAUAAAGACCUCAGGAGAUCAUCCCUGCCAACUCACCAAAACCAUGACAUGGCGUUCAUGAAACCGGUCGCUGUUGAAAUGUCGGUGUCAUAUUUUUAGGUCGCCUGAUCGCCGCGAAGAGUUUUCCCCAUUCUUAGUGUACGGGCGCGAUGGAAGCCCCUGAAUGGAUUGAUUCCGGCCCAUCGUGGCCGCUGUGGGCCCUGCCACCCGUCGCUUUCGGUAUUUAUUCUGGCACUUCCUGGGGAAUUCCCAAACUUAUCGGAGUGUGAAUUGUCGCCCUUUCUGUUUCUUUGACCUCAAUUCAGUAGCGGCUCUAUCUAUCUCAAUGGCGUUCGAUUGCUACUGUGCGAUCUGCGGUGUCGGGUUCUGUGGCAUGCACAUUGAGGCCCCGUCUGAGACGGCCCUCGAGCGUCGCAGACGGUGGAUCGAGAAGAGAUGUCGGGCUUUGCAGGCUGGAAAGGACCUCGGGCAGGUGUCGCGCGAAGGAGACGAAACUGAGGAUCCUGUCCGCAGUUAUGACCCUCGGAUUGUCGGCUGGGACAACAUCUCCUGGUUGUACAAGGCACACUGUUUGGGAGUGAAUGAAAAUGCAGAAACCGGUGCAACAAAAGCGUUCAUCUCGGACGAAGGAUACUAUGCCGAUAUUGGAGAGUUCGUUGUCAAGGCCAGAUCAGAUGGCGAUCGGCCCCGAUCUCAGCAAGUCUUUUCAUGCUAUGGCCAUGGUUCGGAAGAAGCCCCCGGUCCCGUUCUGCCGUUCCACUGGUGCUGUUUCGAGAUAUUGAUUCGGACGAUCACUGGUUCGACCGAGAUUAAAAACAUAAAUUUGGAUGUCUUGUACAGUGUCAUGACCCCACUGUGCAACAUGUCCGGCUCUGCGUUGCAAUUGAGCUACGGAGAUGACAUUCAGCGCGCGCAGGGACGCUACUGGGAAUGCAUCCCGGGUGCAGAGUACUGCGCCACGCAUCCGAUGGACACUCCACAGCUCGAAGAUUUUGUCCAGGAAAAUGCGGAAACGAACAGUGAGCUGAAGACUCCAUCCGCAGAGCUGGACCUUCGCGGACGAGAGCCUGCCAGUCCGUUCGGGAGACUACCACUCGAGAUCGUUUAUCAGAUCUGCAUGCUUUUGCCAGGCGAUUCACUGAAAGCGCUAGCACAGGCUUCACUCAACAUUCACAUCGUUACCCAGGACAACCUUUUCUGGAAGCAGUUUAUGCAACGGGAUAUGCCAUGGUUUUGGGAGCUUCAGGCAGCAAAGUUCCAGAAGGUUUCGCACGACCUCAAUUAUAAGAAAAUGUACAUGUGGCUCGACAAGAUGACUGCUCCACGGUAUGGGAUGGACGAUCUGAAGCUGAUUGGUGUUGCCAACCGGAGGCGCAUUUGGGGAGUGUGUGAGGAGCUUGCAGAUCGGUAUUCCAAGAGCCUGAAGCAGCCGUCUGUUAGUUCGAUGCAAUGGGGUAGUGGCUGAGCGGGUAUGGUCUCUCACACCUAUCAUGAAUAGCCUCGCAUGGCAGUCCCACGAGAUUUCCGACCGACUGCCUUCGACAACGCGACUGAAUCGAGCGUACGACGUGUUCCAGCGUUCUGACCAUUGCCAUUUCGCUGGUGGAUCCAGUGACUUGGCGCUCUGGACAAGUCACGGAUCGGCCCUGACGAGCCAGUUGGGAUUGAUGAGGAAGACAAAGAAGAAGCUCUCUGCUACUAGUGGGAAAAGGCGGAGAGCCUCGAGCUUUUGGUUCGGUCAUGUGCCGCCAACCUCUGUAUAAAAACCGGUUUUCAGCAGUUUUUGGACUUAAUAGACUAUUCUGUCAGAAGAUCAGAAUAUAUUUAUAGACCAUGAAUUAUAGUACCUAGUUUUCGAAGCGCGCUAGUGCUGAGAAACACUAGUACCUUUCCU